AUGUUUAGCAGGUAUGAUAUCAAAACACAUUCCGAUAUAAGCAAUAAAGUACAAGAAGCAAGACUUCUACUUGCUAGUUCAAGUAAACCAGAAAUAAAGUUUAAUUAUGAAGAUUUAGAGGCCAUCUGCAAAAAGCUACAAAAUAAUAUAACUGAAGAGCCCAAAAAAGAGCUUGGUAAAACUGCCACCAACGCUAUUUUAAACG